UGACCAAAGUGGGGGCGGACUCAGGAGUCAAUCUAACACUAGAUUGCUCUGCUCUGACCCCCGGGAGUGGCUUCGCCUUGGUAACCAGCACCAUUGUUAUGCACAGCUUCCAGAAGUUGUUUCAGGCAGCCACUGAGACUGAGGGGUGUGAGACCUGAACCUGCCUGUCAAACCCUUGCUGAAGUUCUUGGGGGAGUAAGACAUCUCUCUGAUGGGAUAUCUGUAGCCUUUGCUUUUUACCAGCACUGCCGGAGAAACCUUGUUCAGUUAAAAAGAAGCUGGUAUUAUAGCAGUCCUGUAGAAUUUACCAGUCUGGACGCAGAAUUUAUUUCCCCUCUAUCAUGAUGAUUUUGGGGUUGAGGAAAAGAUUUUACUGAAACAGCUUAAUAUGCAUUCUGGGACCCAUCGGGGCACAGCCCCUUCUUAUGGUGCCCAGACGUCCCGGCUAUGGCACCAUGGGCAAACCUAUUAAAUUGCUGGCCAACUGCUUCCAAGUUGAAAUCCCAAAGAUUGAUGUCUACCUCUAUGAGGUGGAUAUUAAACCAGAUAAGUGCCCUCGCAGGGUGAACAGGGAGGUGGUGGACUCCAUGGUGCAGCAUUUUAAAGUGACAAUAUUUGGGGACCGUAGACCAGUUUAUGAUGGGAAGAGAAGCCUUUAUACUGCCAAUCCACUCCCUGUAGCAACCACUGGGGUAGAUUUGGAUGUAACGUUACCAGGAGAAGGUGGAAAAGAUCGUCCCUUCAAGGUGUCAAUAAAGUUUGUUUCUCGGGUGAGCUGGCACUUGCUGCAUGAAGUUUUGACAGGAAGAACCUUGCCUGAGCCUCUGGAACUAGACAAACCAAUCAGCACUAACCCUGUUCAUGCUGUCGAUGUGGUGCUACGACACCUACCCUCCAUGAAGUAUACCCCUGUGGGCCGCUCCUUUUUCUCAGCUCCAGAGGGCUAUGAUCACCCUUUGGGAGGGGGCAGGGAAGUAUGGUUUGGAUUCCAUCAGUCUGUUCGGCCUGCCAUGUGGAAAAUGAUGCUUAAUAUUGAUGUUUCUGCCACUGCCUUCUACAAAGCACAACCUGUAAUUCAGUUCAUGUGUGAAGUUCUCGACAUUCAUAACAUUGAUGAACAACCGAGACCUCUGACUGAUUCUCAUCGGGUAAAAUUCACCAAAGAGAUAAAGGAAUGCAGCAUGUCUAACUGUACAGUGAGCAGCUGUCACUCUACUUCACCAACACAUCUCAGUCAUUGUAAUAGAAAUAGCCACUGUAAGAAAACACUGCAAGGUCUGAAGGUUGAAGUGACUCACUGUGGAACAAUGAGACGGAAAUACCGUGUUUGUAAUGUAACAAGGAGACCUGCCAGUCAUCAAACCUUCCCUUUACAGUUAGAAAAUGGCCAGACAGUUGAGAGAACAGUAGCACAGUACUUCAGAGAGAAGUAUAACCUCCAGCUGAAAUAUCCUCAUCUUCCUUGUCUACAAGUGGGACAGGAGCAGAAACAUACCUACCUGCCUCUAGAAGUAUGUAACAUUGUGGCAGGCCAGCGAUGUAUCAAGAAGCUAACAGACAAUCAGACAUCAACUAUGAUAAAGGCAACAGCAAGAUCUGCCCCAGAUAGACAAGAGGAAAUUAGCAGAUUGGUAAGAAGUGCAAAUUAUGAUGCAGAUCCAUUUGUUCAAGAGUUUCAGUUUAAAGUUCGGGAUGAGAUGGCCCAUGUGACGGGGCGCGUGCUUCCAGCUCCAAUGUUGCAGUAUGGAGGACGGAAUCGAACAGUGGCAACCCCAAGCCAUGGCGUAUGGGAUAUGCGAGGGAAACAGUUUCAUACUGGUGUUGAGAUCAAAAUGUGGGCCAUAGCUUGUUUUGCAACGCAGAGACAAUGCAGAGAAGAAAUACUGAAGGGUUUCACAGACCAGCUACGCAAGAUUUCUAAGGAUGCAGGGAUGCCAAUCCAAGGCCAGCCAUGUUUUUGCAAAUAUGCACAGGGUGCGGACAGUGUGGAGCCAAUGUUCCGACACCUUAAAAACACCUAUUCAGGACUCCAGCUCAUCAUUGUCAUCCUGCCAGGGAAAACACCUGUGUAUGCGGAGGUGAAACGUGUGGGAGAUACGCUGUUGGGGAUGGCCACGCAGUGCGUUCAAGUCAAGAAUGUCAUAAAAACAUCUCCUCAGACUCUCUCAAACCUGUGCCUAAAGAUUAAUGUUAAAUUAGGAGGAAUCAACAACAUUCUUGUACCUCAUCAACGACCUUCUGUGUUCCAACAACCAGUGAUCUUUUUGGGAGCAGAUGUCACUCAUCCACCUGCUGGGGAUGGAAAGAAGCCUUCCAUUGCUGCUGUUGUAGGUAGUAUGGAUGCUCAUCCAAGCAGGUAUUGUGCCACAGUGAGAGUUCAAAGGCCUCGGCAGGAGAUUAUCCAAGAUUUGGCCUCCAUGGUAAGAGAACUUCUCAUCCAGUUCUACAAGUCAACACGAUUCAAGCCCACACGUAUCAUCUUCUACAGGGAUGGGGUUUCUGAAGGACAAUUUCGACAGGUGUUGUAUUAUGAGCUGCUGGCAAUUAGAGAAGCCUGCAUCAGUCUGGAGAAAGAUUACCAGCCAGGAAUAACCUACAUCGUAGUACAGAAACGACACCACACACGAUUGUUCUGUGCGGACAGAACUGAAAGGGUUGGAAGAAGUGGCAACAUUCCAGCUGGAACAACUGUAGAUACAGAUAUUACACACCCAUACGAGUUUGAUUUUUACCUCUGUAGCCAUGCUGGAAUACAGGGUACCAGCCGUCCCUCACACUAUCAUGUUUUGUGGGAUGAUAACUGUUUUACUGCAGAUGAACUUCAGCUGCUGACUUACCAGCUCUGCCACACAUAUGUGCGUUGCACACGAUCUGUUUCUAUACCUGCACCAGCGUAUUAUGCUCACCUGGUAGCAUUCAGAGCACGAUACCAUCUUGUGGACAAAGAACAUGACAGUGCUGAAGGAAGCCAUGUUUCAGGACAAAGCAAUGGGAGAGACCCACAGGCCCUUGCUAAGGCUGUACAGAUUCACCAAGACACCUUACGCACCAUGUACUUCGCUUAAAUAAAUCAAUAAAAUCGGCGCAUACUCACUGAAAGGAAGAACUGAAAAAUUAAGCCACAUACAAUGUAUGUUUCCGGUAGGGUCAGUUUAUGGGGUGCGCCUCCGAUCAUGCUGAAGCCGACACUGUGCAGGGGCAAGGGGCUAAUCCUUAAAUUGACACGUGAAGGAUUGUUUACUUCAUUGAGGAACACAGCACUAUUAUGCAAUAUGAAACCAGCCAACUGCUUUUUUGGGGCGGUCUUCUGUAGGAAGUGCCGUCGUCAUCAGUUACUUUUUUUUAUUUCUUGUAGUCUAACCCUUUUAUGCCUUUACCUCAAGUUGCUCGGCAGCACAACUAUCUUUGCAAAAAAAAGUUAAUGAUGUAGUUUAAAAAAAACACAAACAACCUAUGGAACAAUCACAAUGAUUGUUGAGGGGGGGAGUGUGCAAAAAAUAGCCUUUUUGUCUUUACCCCAACACAUUGAGGAGGCUUUCUCUCAAUAUUGCCAUCAGCAUUUGAAUGGGAACAUAUCCAAGUACAUUUCAAUGUACAGCACUAACUAGAAAAAAUUAGGGGAAGGGUUUUGCACACAUUAGCCCAUUAAUCUGAACAUAAUUUAGCCAACUGCUGCCUUUGUGUCUUUCUUCACGAUUUGGAGUCCUCAACUCCAAUAGUUCCCUUUAAAAAAUCUAGUGGUGUCUGUGCAGCAGUAGUGAUCCAAACUCUUCUUGCUCCCUGGUGAGUUUACUAAAGCUGCUGUUUUACCUUGUCCAGAAGUUUCAACUAAUUCUCUAUCUGGCAAGUCGUAAAUAUAUUUUGAGCUUCAUGCAAGAUCAGAUGUUCCUUGUUUUAUGGGGUUACACGUAGUAAACACCAGAAACGAAACUGUAGAGUUGAGGUCUUUAUUUGCUAGGUUACUUGCUGCCUCUCACACCUUAAUGUGAUUUCAUAUAUAUGUGUGUUUUUGAAGUUUAGCUUCUUUCUUUUAUAUUUAUUAGAAUAAUAAUGCUUUAAUUUAAUUAUUACAGAACAUAUGGGCAACAUCAAUUUUUAUUUUUAGAAAUGUAACCAUGUUUAUUUUAAAAAAACAAACAAACUGACAACUUGUUUUUGCUAUCUUUUAGUGCAAUAAGCCGUUCUAAAGGAAAAAUGUGUCCGUUUAGCUGUAUUAAAGCGGCGUUUGUACCACUAACUGUGGGAGAAUGGACACCUCCACAAUUUUCAAAGGACAAAGUAAAAGCCUUAAUUUCAAAAGGGAAGUUUUAUAGUCAUCAGGAGUCAAACAUGUUCCUUUUCUAAAUCAAACCAGCUAAGAACAGCAAAACCUAUGCUUCUAGGAUUCUGCAAGCUUUAAUAUUGGCAAUCAAUGCAGUAUUUUGAUUUAACAAAGGAAUUGUGUACAUUUUGGGGUUAAGAGACUGAAGACGUUUCAUUGAAGAUCCAGGUUUUCAGAUGCUGUCUUUAAUGUAGCUGACAUUAAUCAUAGAAAUGUCUUAAGAAGUUAAUGAAGUUCUUAAGCAUUUUUGCUUAUUUCAUUAUAAGUGGCUUUCCUUUUAAAAUUAAGGUGUUGGUGGCUUCAUUUCACUUUACAAAUAAAUUAAGAGGGCUGGGAUAAUUUUAACAAGUUAAAUCACUGAAAUGUGAAACAAAACAUUAAUGGGACUUUUGUUCAUUCCACUUUAAAGUUAAAACAAGUAUUUUAAAGAUGAUAGAGAUGAGCAUGUAUUCAGUACAUCUGGGCAUCGGGGAGUUUUGCACUUUGUAACCUCGUGAACUGCAUUUUUGACUGUUUUAUUUGCACUGGUUCAUAGUAUAUAUGUGUAUAUAUAUACUGCAGAUUGUUUAUAUGGGCAUUGCUGUUAUCCCAGCCCUUCUGAACUCCACCUGCUCUUCACACGAAAACCAAUUGGUUGGUUUAAGUAUCUCAUUUGUCUCUUGUCAUUCUCAUGUAAUCCACUAUAUUUGCCAAUUUACUGUAUUUUGAGCCUAAAAUCUGAGCCCAUUUUGCUUCAACAGGCAUGCAUUUCCCCCAUUUCUGCCAGAAAACUAAGUACUGUAUUUUGUGCAUUUGUACAUUGUAUUGAAAUGUAUGUAGUGCUGUUCACAACACUGUCUCAAAGCGCUUUACUAAAUAGUUGGUGUAUAUACAUAUAUAUUUUUCUCCCAAUAUCAAGAAACAUAAUGCAAAGAAACUGAUUUUUUGCAGAGUUAAAAUUGCACUGGAAAUAGUCAUGCUGGUAGGCAGUGUACCUAGCGGCUCAGGAGAAAAGGGGACUAUUAUAACAGAUCUCUAUGUAGCCAACCAGUUCUUAGGAGUCUCUUUCAUUGUUAGUAGGAUUCUAUUCAUUCAUCAGUAGGACUGCAGAUUCCUAACUGAAGUGUCCCAGUGUUCUCUGGCUGCUUCAUGCACUUAUCUUUCAGCUCCUUUGAAUAAAACUGCUGCAGGGAGGUCAAUAUAAUGAAAUGAUUGGAGCAAGAUGGUUUCCAAACAAAUCUCUCCAUCUUUUAUUCUGUAACUUGUCAGUUUCCUCUUAGAAGAGCUCUAGCUAGUUGACCAUUUAUAAAAGGCCCAGGUUAGGCUUUUUACAUUAGAUUAAUUUUUUUUAAAUUGAAGGGGCUUUUUUAGAAAAAUCUGCUUUACAAGGACUUUUUGUGAACUGGCAUUUUGAUGAAAAGCCCUUUUUUAAAAAAGAAAUAUGGCCUUUAACUCUUCUUUUAAAGACACUAUACAGUUUCCAGUCUGAUUUGAAAGUUUUACUUACUUUGCUUGCUACUUUCACCAAAAACUUAAAAUAUAAAAAAAAAUAUCCAUUGGGGAAAUGACUUCAAAAAUGUUUGCUCAGCAGGCCAGUGUAACUGGUUUUCAUGUGAAGAGAAGCUGGGAGUUUUAAUCUCUAUAUUCUUAGUUUUGCAAAUGUCUACAAAAGUGCCGAUACGUAUAUUUGUAUUACAAUAUCAAGUUACUGGCGUUGUGAGGGCCACACGUUUAUGAUACUGUAGCUGCUAUAUUUAUUUAAAUGGAGACGGACAAUUACUGCACUAGGAAAUGAGGAGAUGAGCAGGAACCAAGGCUUAGAGUUAGAUGCGGUAUCUCGUUUUUCAGAAGAAAAUUAACAGUGUGAAAUAUCAAGUGUAACAAAGGGUGCUGUCAUUUUAAUUGAGAUUAAAUAGCCAGAUAUUCUUCCUUUGUCUAAAGACUUAUAUAUAUUUUGAUGUUUGCAGUUUAGGGGGUGGGGGGAUAAAUGGUACCUCAUCUGUGGUGGCAGUUUCCUGUAUAUUUUCACAGGAGUAUAUGGAUUUUUUUAUUUUUGUACCUGCUCUCCUUUCAAGAAAAUUUUCUCAAGUUUUAUGUGCUUUUUAGAGAAAUCUCGAGUGCACCACACAUUAUCCCUUUAUCUUUCCAGGAGCACUCUGUAUAUAGCCCAAACAGGGAUGUGGGCAAAGGCUGACAGUUCCAUUUUGCGGAAACAUUGGCCUCAUUUGUGCAUACAUCUGUCUAAAACAGUGGUUCCCAAUCUUCUCAGACACUGUACCAGUUCACCAGACUAAGACCUUACCUUGUACUAACAAGUGCCACUAACCUCCCAAACAAUGGGAGCAUACACUUGGGCACCCAGCACAAAAUUUGGGGUGGGCAACCAAGGAUACUAGCCACACACACCUGAAAUAACAAUACUGGUACAUGUACCAAUGUUUAGGAACCACUGUCCUAGAAAUAGUGCUUCUCUGAAGCUUAACAGAAGGGUUUUUGAUAAUGGCAAUUACUUUAAAUAUGUGAUCUAGUGAUUAGUGGAUCCAACGUUGGAAAGAGGUUGAGAAUUUUUAGUAGUUUGAAUCGUUAAACUCUUGCAGCAUCUGCUAACAGCACGACUGACAACUCCACUCAAACAAUGCAGCUUUGAUUUGUGGGGCACUUCCACUGUGGCCAUUUUACUCAGGAUUGUUAGAUGGCUGUCAAAUGUUAAACCAUUUAGAUGAAAUUAUGCAAAGGUUAUCUCCCUAGGAUUCAUUUUGGGAUGCUUUUAGAAGGUAGUUUAGCCCUUGUAACAGCUUUCAAGUUGAAAUGGAUUCCUGAAGGCUGUCAGUCAAAUUCUUUCAAGAUGCCAUUGGUCCUAAAUUGUUUCCAUUUCUUCUUUUUGUGCAGGUACUUGUCCGAUCAAUGUUUAGGCACAGGACAUUAGAUGAAUAAUCAUGCUCUGUACACAUCCUAGCUGCUUGUUUGUUUUUCUACUAGGGCUCGAGUGCACAAUAGUGUGAAAUUUCCAAGCUCCAAUUUCUUCAGUUUCAAAAGGAUGAGGCCUUUCUGGAUUUACAUUUUACUCAAAACUUGAGACUUGUCCACCUUUGAUAUGUUCUCAGUUUUGUGAACUGAUGGGAUAUAACCUUUCUCAAAGCACUUUUCGUAACUGAGGAAUCAAAGAAGCUCUGAUUAUAUACAUUGAAACCAUAACUUUUCAUUUCCAAAUGGUCAUCUUGAAGUUUCUUUUCAUGCCAGACAAAUGCUCAGGCAGCUGCAGUGUUGUGGAGUAAAUGUGGCUGCCACUGGCCAGUUAAUUUUAUCAGAUAGAAAAUCCAUGUAGAUGUCAAAGGGACAAAUAUUCCUUGCUUACUUUCUACCCAAAGAUAGUACUUGAAUCUGACAUUGUGUAUGGGAUACCAUUUGUGUUUUGGCACAUCUUUUAAUUAUAAAAACUUCACUUAGCCAAUUCACUCAGAUAUAUUAUUUUUGUAAAAAUGAAAAAGAUUAUUAAGGUUCAAGUGAACGCUAAUCUCAGUGUUUUCUACUAGUAGAAAAUCUUCGUAACUUUACAAUAGUUGUGAGGUGUGAAUCUGAUGUGUACAGGACCCUAUGUUUUACCUAUCUAGCAGAGUCCCAAGAAUACAAUCGCUAAAGCACUGAGGUUUAAAAUUAGUUUGUGGCCUGAGCAGCCAAAGGCACCCAUGGGAAGCAGUGUGGGUGGAGGGUAGGUGAAGGUUUGCAAAGAAGCAAACCAACAAAAACAUCACUGUUACAGAAACUAGGGAGUUGGUGGAGAGACCCAUACCAAUCACCUUUCCAGCCAUGUGCCCCUGACUGUUAGAAUUCUGUCUGAGAUCCCCUCAUCCUAACAUGGGUAGUUUAUUGUAGUGUCCUGUUAAAGCAAAGAAGUUCCACUGUUAAAACUUGGAGCAAUUUUUAUUUUUUUUUAAAGCUAGACAGUCCUCAGAAAGUGCCUUUUCAGAAGAUGGUGCUGUAGAUUUUUAUGUUCAAAUUGUACAUGGCUGAAAAUUUGAGAGAAAUUAUUGAAAAUGCCAAGUGUUUGGUAUCAUUUUAUGUAAGUUCAAGCAGCAGUUUCUGAGUCAGGACCAAGAAUAACUAAGGAAGGAUGUAUUCAGAAGGAGGGAAAGGUAUUGAGGAACGAUCACCAAAUUCAACUUGUAGGCUUGAAGUAGUUUGGAUUUUAUUUAAUGUAACUAACCACUUCCUAUUUUAGGAGGAUGCAUGGGGUGGGGUGGAGGAAAGGGGGAGAAAUAGCACAGGACACUUCAGGCAGUGGUGUAGUUAAUAUUUAAAUGGGAUCAUAGAUGAUCAAAGGACAUGUCCUCAUUUUUGGAGAUGAAGCAGGUUCACAGAGAUGAAGUAAAAUUCUCUGAGGGCUUAUGAGAUAGUAUAUCCUACUGUGAGCAGACUUCACACAACCUGUAUUUUAAGAGAGUAAUGUUUACAUGUUAAGUGAACUUCUGAUGACUUAAUAGGGACUUUUGAUAAUCUAAGUGGUAAACAUGUUUGGAUGAUUGUUGGUGCCCUGUUUUCACUGGGCUGAAAGAUGUUGUGGAGCCCCUGAUGACUUUGGUGAGCAUUCCUCCAGUCAGGAAAAGUUGUCGACUAGACUAAUAAACACUGCACCUCAGUAACCUUGUAAUGCUGCAUAAAGUAAUAAUAAUAGCAAAGUUCUGCCUUGAUUUCACUGUAAUGUGCUUGCACAUGCCUGCAAAAAUAUACACACAACUUUCAUUUUUGUAAUGCCUUAAUAGCAGUUAAAAUAUUUUUUUUUUAAAGAUGAGGUUUGUCCUUUAUUGUGGUGUUUCCUUAUAUUUAUUGGUAAUUUGUGUGCAGCUUGUAGUUUCAUGUUUGGUCUAAAUGUUGCUUUAUAACACUUUUUUUUUUAAGGAGGGAGUUGUUUCUAGGUGUCUUUUUUUCUUUGUGAAAUCAUAACUUUACUAAUGAUUGAGGAGAAACUGAAUGAAAUGAAGUGAUCAGGACAUAAAACAGACUACAUCGGUAGCUGGAUUUGAUUUAGAAUUCUGACGUGCCCUUUUCUGUGUUCAGUUUUACUGUAAAUCCAGUACUGGUCUUUAAUAACAUGUAAAACAUAUUUCUAGAUAAUCUGAGAAUAAUGGUCUCUUGAUAUUAAGCAAGAUGUUUUCAAGAGUCAGAAACAUUAACAAAAGACUCCCAUUUCUACUGAUAAGUGGCAGAUUUGCUGGAGUUGGUUUAUUCAGUAAGUCUAUCAAUAUUUCUAGUAUGAUUAAGCAGUGUCAGCACCUUUAUUUCACAUAUUAAUUUGGAAUUGCUCACUUAAAUUCAAGUAAUUAGGCUAUUCAAAUUGUAAAGUGAGGAUAGUGAUCCUUGCUUGAACUUUUAGGUCUUCAGGGGAAAAAAAGCACUGUCAGGUUAAUCCGUAAUUAAAAAUACUUAUUACUUAAUGUGGGUUAUAAAAUUAAUUUUAAAGAUCUAAUUUAUUUUUCUCUUUUUGCUGUCUGUUGCUUCUGAUUCAACUUAGACAAAGAAAUUAAUUGGUUUAUAGUAACUUUAUAGUCAGAGCAAUAUUGGCAUUUAAACUUCCCUCUGCAGUGAUUCAACCUAAACUCUUUUCUCUUUUAAAUCUUAAAUUCCUGAAAGCAUUUAUUGUUUAGGUUUUAUUAAAGAUUAUUCCACAAAACCUAAAUUCAGGGCCAAAACUACCUUACUUUUGUCCCGUUAGUAACAGCCAUACCUUUAUUUUACUGAUUGAAAAGGACCAAAAAUUCCUGUUCCAUCUUUUUUUUUUUUUCAUGCAAAGGUAGACCCUGCAUCUUUUUUUCCGUUGCUCAUAGCCAAUUUCAUAUGCCUUUUAACCAAUCCAGAAGUUGUUGAAAUCCAAUAAGAUUUCAGUUCUUGUCCUCUUUGCUUUCCAUACUUUGUAAAUAUGGCUACAAAAGUCUAAAGAGACUUAAUAAUUUAAAUUUGGUGAUAUUGUUUUUAUUGGGCACAAGCCCUUAUUAAUCAGUCUUACCUGGAUUAAGAUGUAGUGUGGCAUAUGUAUGUAAUUACAGUAGAUCUGUAUUACUCAGCGGCAAGUGUGUGAUGUUUUAAAACAUCCAGUUUAAGCUUAAACUGAAAAAUUGCUGAUGGUGCAGACUCUCUCAUGAAAUAUUUUCAGUAGGAAAAAUAAUCUAGUGCAUAUAUCUAGUUUUAAUUCAUUCUCCUUGCUGAGAUUUGGUGAGUGAACAUUUUCUGGAAUAAAUUGUAUUGUUCGUAGUCUGUUGUGCUGGGGUGAAUGAUUAAACCAAACUGACUGAAUUAUAUGUCAGGAAUCUGUCACUUUUCUUUCCUGUAUUACUGAAGUAGAGAACAGAUGGCAGUGAUGACAGUUGCAUCAAACCAACAACAGAGAGCUGUAAAAAGCAAUGCAAGGGGGAAAUUAGUGUUUAUAUUUAAAACAGCGUAAGCAAUGAAAAGCUAAGGUUUCUGCACGAACGAUGUGCAGCUCAGAACCUUGUGAACUUGUAUUUUCAUAUUUAGUUCACCAAAAGGAAAAGCUGCUUGCAUUUGGCCACUUUAAAAACAACCACAGGAGGGGAAAAAAGCUUUUUUUUUUUUCUCAAAUAAGUGUCUGUGUUCCCGCUACCACAUAAGCAUGCAGAGAAGCUAUGCCCUUAGGCGCUGUACAUUUGAAUGUAAAAUUAUAAAAAACAUUUUUAUUUUGCUUUUACCUAAACACUGCUACUUUAAAUACUUAGUUAAAAUCCAAUACAUUGGUGCUAUUUGAAACCAAACAGCCAAAAGAUUUAAUGGGUAAGACCAUAAAAUUGAAUUACUGUUGUAGGUUGUUGGCCACAGUCUUCAGCAGCUGCUACUGCAGUGUGCACAGCCAUCCAGAGACAGAGCAGUCGCAGUGUUCAUCUUCCAUGGCAUUGCAACUGGUGUUGCUCAUGUUCAGCUUUUAACAUACCUUCCCUUUUCCCUAAAACAAAUUCACUCACCAUACUGUGCCCACGUGGAAUAUCCAUUUCUAUCUGCAACAAUCUUGUUACCCUUUGGAAAACAAGGGUUUAGUUAUUGGACUAGUGAGUGUUAAGGCAAUGAGUGAUGGUUUGUGGUGAAGCAGCUGCUAAUAGAGAAACCCAGGAAGGGUUUAAACAGAAGUUAGUAGGGUAAGCUGCAUUCUGCUCUGGUUCUUGAGGGAAUUGGUAGAAAUCUCAAAAGGUGAUUUGAGCACACUUGAAACGUUUUGUCUUGCAGGAAUUAUUUGAGCUGAUAUUGAGUACCCAGCAGGCAUUUUGCCUUUUUCUGAUCAAGAACAGAAGCUGGAAGACAAUUUACACUUGCAGCAUUCCCAAAUAAUUGAUAUGCUGUGGUUAAGAUUUUCAUGCGCUUAACUUAAAACUGAGAUCCUUCUUUCAUUUUCCUUAGCCCACUGUUACAAUGCUCAUAUUUUAAAAUGUUCAUGUCCCUUCUUUGUUAAGGAAUGUGCACUCUGAAUGGGAUUACGCAUGAAUUUAUAGAGUUUGUUACCCUUUCAGGUACCUUUUUGAACUAGUUUUUAAGUAGUAAUGAUAUCUAACAUGCAUAGUUCAAUAGUAGAUUAGCAGUUUCGUCUACAAAAUUUAACCUAGAUGUUAGUCUCCCUUUCUGUGCCUAUUCAGAAUAGCCUCACCUGCCUUUACUUAAAAAUUGCCAUCCAGUGGUGUCUGCACUAUUUACAGUGCAUCUGCACCAUUCACACAUUAGCUUGAUUUUUUUUUUUUGGAGUCUGGCUGUUUUUUUCCUGGCAACUGUGAGGGACAUUUAAGAAUGUGGUAUAAUGAAUGUAGGAGAGCAAUGAACUGGCCUGAUUUAAGUGGAAUCCUUUUGGUGAAAAUUUGAUGGCACUGUUAUCUCUGCAAAAAUUAUUUUGCCAGCAGCGGAAGUGGAGUUGGUCUGUAUAAAGAAUUUUGUAAUGUCUUGGGUGUGAAAGGUUUUAGCAAAGUGACGUGAGAAGAAAAGUACCUUCACUUCUAUGCCAAGGUACUAAUAUAGAGCAGAUCUGUGUAUACUACAUGCUGUGCAAAAGCGCUUAUCUGUACCUAUUUCACCAUUGAGUUCUGGAUGCUAGUUUUUAGAGCUGAAGCUGCUGUGAAGGUGGAUUUUCAGAAUGCAGAGGGAAAGUUUCAGAUGGACCAUACUGAAACAAUUUUGAGACGGCGGCAUGGCACUCCAGAAUUCAAAUUCUUGCUGUGACAUGAACUCCCUGUGUGUCUCUGGGUUAGUCACUCUGCCUCAGUUUCACCAUCUGUAAAAUGUGGAUAAUACCUCACACUGUUUUGUGAGGACUAUGUAUACAUGUUUUGAAGAUGAGUAAUGCUAUAGAAGACCUCAAUUUACGUGUAUUAAUAAUUUAAUAAUCUUUUGUAAAUUUUCAUCUCCAUUUAUCAGUCCUGUAUUUUGUUUAACGUUUCUCCCAUCUGCCUGCUCUAGGGGUCGUGCCAUGGACCCAAGUUGUGGUCUUUGUGCACACUUCUUAUCUGCUCUGGGAGUUACCCCGUUGGGAAAGACAGCAGUACUGGUCUAUAAUACUGACUUUGUACCUGGCAUUUUUCUGACAACCGGAUUGUUUUUUGUUGCAAGGUGGUCAGUAAGAGGGAAAAGUCUAUGUAAACACAGAUUUGCAAGUAUAGCAAAAUAUAGAAUUAUUGGCCAGUAAACAUGGUUUUUUGCCUACAUUUCCCCAACUGUGGAAGUCUCUUUAAAAAAUAAAUAAUCUGUUCAAACACCCAGUUCUUUACAAUAGAAAAUACAGGUUGUACAAGGUUCUGUUCAUUUUGGCAUAUCAGCCAGUCAGUUUUUCAUUGGAGAGGUGGAUAGUGCCAGAUUUGAAGAAGGUUUUUGAAAUUCUGUGGUCACGUGGUAAAUUAAAAACAUGGAAAGGUUAGGGCUGCUGUGCCAGGCAAGUAAAGUGACAUUGAAAGAUUUCAUUAAGUGAUAGGAAGGCUAUUAGAAGGAAGACAGUUUAGCCUUUUGAUGUCAGGUAACUUGGCUGAAUGUUGGCUUCAUUGGGCUGUUCUGUUUUGUGGACCCUAAUAUAACCCUUUUCACCUUGGUUGUAGGUUUCACUGUGUUUGGACACAGUUUGUGUUAAUGAGGAAAGUGUACUCAUUUGUCCAAGUGAAGCUUUGCAGCGUUGACUCUGGCUUUGUUAAAUGUUUACCUGAAGAUAAGUGCUGCUCCUUAAAAUAUUACAUUUCAGCUCAGUUCUGCAGACCGUAACGAUUUUAAAUGUAUAGCCUCUGGGUACAGUAACUGUACUGAUAAAAACCAAUCUUCUGUUGCUGGCAUUCACUGAGCAGGGUUCUCCCAUAUGAUUAGCAGUACUGACUUAGUCAUUUGGCUCUCUUGUUUCACAUGUCAGGUGAAAAAAUGAGUUUUGGGCUCACAGGGUGUAGAUUCAUUUGACAGGGAGAUUCUUAUUUCCCUUGGUGUGAACAGUUAGGCUUUCCAGCAUGGACUGCUCAUGGAUAAAUAGCACUGGCAUUCGGUGUGGGAAAGUGGUGGCUGCUCAGUACCACAGGGCUCUGGGGGUGGUUGGCAUAGCUAUGAGCAUUGUCUGUCAGGCAUUACUUCAAAGGUUUCAUUGUAAUAUGUAGUCAUUGGCUAUGUCUAUACUUGGAGCUGGGGGCAUGAUUCUCAGUUUGAGGUGACAUGUUUGUGCUAACUCUCAUUGAGCUAGUGCACUAAAAAUAGUAGUGUAGCAUUGAUAGUAGCCCAGAGUACAAACCUGCUUGACCCUAGGGCUGUGUACUGUUUUUCACAUGCUAGCUCAAUGACCGCGAGCAUGAGUGUGCCUACUUGAGCCGGGAAUCAGUCUCUCCUCUCCCUUGCCCCCCCAGCUCCAUGUGUAGAGAUCAGUUAUGGGCCAAUAUGGCUAUUAACAUGUCUUCAGAGAACGGCAAAUUAUGUGGCAUAGUGUGCACCUUGAAGGUUAUUACUAAUCAACACAUGUUUAGGUAUAAGGCUACUGGAAGCAGUGGUGUGUGUAUAUAUAAAUGUUACAUGUCUAUAAUACUGUGUACUUAAAUAAAGAGAAUAAUUGUACUACUUGGAAUUCCUUUUUGGAAUAAAGGGUGGUUGUUUUUUAACAGACCUUUCCAGUGGCUUGGGAUUCUCUUGUACAUUUAUGUGUCACACACACACUCUUCCUCUUCCUGAUUUGCUGUUAACUGCUCCCUUCUGUUUUGGUGCUACCAUUGCUUUAUGCAAGAAAUAGAAUGUGUUCUAACCACAAAGACAAUGCCUAUUUUUAAAAGAAAAAGGCAGUUAUCUCAAGAAAAAAACAGAGUUGCGAUUUGAAACAUUGCACAAAAUAGAUUGUAGGCGGAUGACAAAUGCAUUGGUAAAAGCUUUUUUAUUUUUACUUUUUAACCAUCUUGACCGCGUGUGCCUAUUUGUAUUGCGGAUGUGGGCUGCAACUAUUUGGGGUGGGAGGGAGUUGAUAUGUGUUAGUAUGGUUUUGAAAUGUAAUGCUAACCAGAAGCAGUGUCCCCUCCCCCUUUCCUUUUUCCAAACUGUUCUUGCCAAAAUUUUCUACCUAUCACAACUUUCGCUUUUUUUCCCAGCACAGUAAAAUAUCAUGACAUAACUUCUGUCCCACUAUUACUUCCCUCUGCUAGCCACCUGUAAUCUCUCUAGAAUGGUAUAGAAUAUACAUAAAGUCAUUAGAUCUUUCUUUUGGCUUUAAAAAAAUAAAAUCAAGUUGGGUAUAUUGUAAACCUACCAUAAUCAUUUGAAGACUAAAUUUUGUUUUGAAAUGCAUGUAAUGUACUAUUUAACCUUAUUUUAAUACUUGCAUUAUUUUAGUUUUUUUCCAAAACGUCUGUGAAUCUGAAAGGACAUAGGACCAGAUGAUAUCUUGAGGGAAUACUAAACAUGACUGCCAAACCUUUGUCAGAGAGAAUGUGAUUUUACUUUCAGACUCCUCUAACUUUUUAUGCAGUGCUAUUCAAUAAAAAUAGCUGGAAUUAUAAGACAUCCUUAAGUCGAUAUAAAAUUGAAAUGUGCAUAAAUUGGCAAUUUAAAUAAUUUCUCCACAAACUAAUAAAAUGGUAUGGGGGUAUGGUGAUGAUAUCAGAGUUUUUUGGCACUGUUUAUGCAUGUGCUGAAUACCCAGUUAUGUAUUAUGGUGUCAGCUGAAGGCUCAGAAUAAGAGGUGAAUAGAAAGCAAGCAAGGUUCUGAAAGUAAAAUGCUUGUGUGCAGAUUUUCAGUGGUGAAUGUUGUACCUUCGGUUAAAUCAUUGUCUUUUGCAGAAAUGUAUUAUGUCUGUGGUUGAGAUUAAAAGGACAAGUUUUUGAUUUUUUGUUUAACCUUCUGUCGCUCACAAUACUUGCAUUGUGAAAUUCAGUCAUGAAACUCUUUCUGAGCCAAAACUGUCACCAAAGUUUUCUGUGACAGAUUCCACUCCUCUCUUUCUGCCAUUCUCUAUACUGGAAGGACUCUAUGUUGUGUUUGUUUUUACCUUUUUAAAAAUUUUUUAUUGGUUUUAGUGUCGCUUUGCUUCAGUUUGAAGUGUAACUUUCACUAAUAACUGCAAUAAAAAAAAAGCUUUGCUCCAAACUUCA